AUGGAAAAAACUUAGUAAGAUCCGAUCAAGCUACUCAUUGACUGGGUUCAAGCGUUUGGAGGAACUCACAAUGUAGUAGUUAAAGAGAAUGAGAGUGGGGUCAGAGGUCUUUAUGCAGGCAAGUCAUUUAACUUACCAGGAAUGCCUAAAUCUGAGGAACACUAAACUCUAGUGAAGAUUCCCAAUCAACUGAUGAUAUCUUCAUAUCAUGUUAAGAAUUAAUACUUCAAUGAGCAGAAAUAGGUCAAGUAUGCACAGAUAUUUGACCUCAUUCCAGAGAUAUUUGAUCCAAAAUAUAAGUACAAGCCAAAUUCUAGUGUAAAAGAAAGAAUAGAUAAUGAGUAUGGAGAGUACUAUCAAUUGAGCUUCUUUUUAAUAAAUGAAAGAUUAAAGGGGAAAAGUUCAUUCUGGUAUCCAUUCAUCAACUAUCUUCCAGCAGAAAUACAAACUUUGUAUAACUAUCCUGACAACACUCCAAUACAUGAAGGGGCCUCAACUUCCUUAAUAGACGAAAUAUAGCUAAAAGAAGAUGAUAUAAUGAGCAAGAUAGUUUAUGAUAGACAAGUGCAUCAAGACAAUAAGAAUAGAUUUUUAAAUUAUCUUAGGCGCAAUUAAGAGAGGCUUAGAGAGAUGCAGGGUCAUUUAUCUGAUGAAAAUGGAAAUCAAGUAGAUAUUGUUGAUCUAAUAGAUGAUGAGAUGUUUGACUGGGCUUGGAUGAAUGUAGGGACAAGAUGUUUCGGAACAUAUCAUGUGCCAGGCGACAUAGCUAUGGUCCCACUUCUUGAUUUAAUGAAUCAUAGUAUUGAUGAUGAAAAGCUAGGAUACUUUGUCUAUCCAAUUGCUUUGAAUAUCAAGAUGUUAGAGCGAAGUGAUACUGACAAAAUUAAUAAGGAACUAGAGCAGGAUUAUCUGGCAGAGAUUCCGAAUCAUGACGACUAUGACGCCACUCUGGAAUGGGAAAGCUAAGACUUUGACUAGCAUUGGGAUGAUUAUGGAGAUAGAUACUAUAACUACCUACCAAAGGAGAAAGUAGAGAAGUACAAGGUCAUAGACAGCGACGAUGAGGAAGAGUAAGAUGAGGAUAAGUAUAUUUAGCUUGAUCCACUUGAAAAAAUCUGGGAUUUAAAUGAUAAUAAGAUAUUCUUUGGAAAGAGACUGUUGUCCAAAGAUAGUACCGAGAUUAAGGAAGGAGAAGAACUAAAUCUCUGUUAUGGGGAGAGAGCAAACUCGUUCCUUAUUAUAGAGUAUGGGUUUACUCUGCCAAACAAUAGGUAUGAUUUUGUGAGACCAGAGCUCAUCACAAUAGAUUCAGUAGUUAAUUUGAUGAAUGAAGUACACACUGAUCAUUAGCUUUACCACACUAAUCUGAAUGAGUUUAUUAUCAGAGACACCUUAAGAAAUAAGUACAAGUUAAAGGACAAGAUUAGAGUAGAUAUCAAGCUGAGCGGUCUGCACAGAGAUCUGCUUCGUUACUUGAGGUGCUUCUUCAGCCCUAACUACAAGACAAACAAGCUGAGUCCACAUCAAGAAGUCCAGACACUUGAACUGUACAAAACUAUGAUGCAGAACAGACUCGACAAGUAUCCUUCUUCAAUCAUGGAGGAUAGACUAUUACUAGCUAAGGUACAAGAUAAAACCAACGCUGAGGUAAAAUAUCACUGGAUGUAUGAGUAUGUGCUAAUUUACAGAAUCGGCUAAAAGGAGAUUCUGAAUAGAUAGAUCUAGAUUAUAAAUGAGGUUCAAGAGGCCAUAAUGCAGAAUAAGGAAGGUGAUUUUAAGCAGUUAGGUGAUAAGUUAAAAAGAGUUUGCAGUUCAAAUACAAUGUUAGAUUAUAUAGAUGAGCUAAAGGAUGCUGUUGAUUUCCUGAUUCCACAGUGA